AUGCUUAGGCUGAUGCUUUGGCAAAGAACUCGCCCGGACCCACUCAAAAUUCUCCGGGGCUUUAUGCAUCCAGGACUCCCUGUAUCUCCUUUGUUACAGCUAGCCAUGCGCCUGUUUGUGAUCUGUGCAAACUUGGCAUCCUGCGAGUGCUUGUUCAGCAUCUUUGGUCUUAUUUUGACCAAACUGCACUUGAGGCUUGGGCUUACUAAUAUGCUCAAUUUUGCAGAGCUCCGACUCCACCUGCACAACAAGUAUUUAGCUACAGGCAAAAGCACUGAACGCCUUUGGCGCAACCGCAAAGUCAUCAACAACACUGUUCAUGAAUCACUACCUGCACAAUCCAAUGACACCCAGGAUUUGUCCUCAGAGCCAGUAGAGGACCUGGAGAAUACGCUUGAGUCAAUCAGGAGGGCAUUUGAGGUGCAACUUCAGGAAGAUGAUGACAAUGCCACUAUUUCCACUGAAUCUACGCAGAUGCACAGCCGCAUUGAGCUUGUGGCCCUUUUUGACUUCAACAACAGGGGUUGGAUGGAUUUACUGACUAAGGCUGGGGAGAAGGGACUCAAGGAGGAGGAAUUUUAUGAUUUGGCUGUUGAGCAGGAGAAACACAUUGAUGAUGACAGGAUUGAUGACAUGUUGGCCUCGGCAAUGUAA